AUGCCUCAUACCACCGGUUCUGCGGCAGAGCUUCCCUUGCCUCGGAAGAGUACCCACAAGAACCUCGAAAGAUCUGGCGGCUCAGCCGUCCGUGAUCUUUCCACAUCGGAGUCAUACUCAACAUAUGGGCCUCACGCACCACCAUGUUAGUGCUCUCUAGCUUUGGGAAUGGAAUGGUUUGGACUUGGGGUGGAGGAGCGUAUUUAUAGGAGUUCAGGAGGCUGCCUGGCUUCUUGGGACGUCUCCAGUCAUGCGCAGACACAUGGAGACCUAGCUCUUGAUCCAAUCCGUUUCUGCAUCUCUCCACUUGCUUCUCAUCCACUCCUGAAGCUUAUACUCUCUCUCAGUAGCUGGGUGUCUCUCCCUGAUAGCAUUAGGUAUUCUUGGAGCUUAUCCACGCCCUCUCUCCUCUUUAGCAGCUGGUGUCGUUGCCCAAUUGGCUUAGGCUUGCUUCGUCUUCAUUCGGUAGCUGGAUGUUGCUACAUGAUUGGCUGA